GUUGCUCAGGUGCGGUAGCAGCAGCAGACCCCUGCGUCCAAUCAAAAGCGCUCCCGCCAGCUCCGCCCGUGCGGGUCUUCCGGAGCCCGGAGAUAUGUUGCUCCGCGGGUCUUCCUGGCCGAGGCCCGUGACCUGACCCGAUAAGGCGAUUACUUAGCUUAUUAGUAUUACUUGGGCAGUUGAGGUCGUGUGCCAGCAUAUAUUUGUCCCUACAGCAAUAACUGCCUUCCUCAGGACUGGGUAGAAGGGAAGUUCUUGUUUAAGCGGUACUGUGGUACUUCACUUGAGCGGAUCGAAUCAAUUAGCUGCUAUUAGAUUUUUAUUUUUUUUUGGGUACCUUUUAUCAUUUUGCACUACAAGAUUUAUACCUCGAUGGAGCCAGAGCCAGGAUCGGAGCCGAUAUCGCUGUCUUCGUCGCUGCACAGGGUCCUGGGAGACCUGCACCAGCAUCCGUAUCCUCAUGUCCCUAAUCCUCCGAAUUGCAAGAAACGAGCCUCGGUGGCUCUGAUUGUGAGAGUGCGGCCCACAUUCCAACAUUGGCCCGACAGUAGUAGUGCCGCCGGUGCUCGCUUGCCCGAUCGUUCGCUCUCCGUGCAGCAGCAGCUCGACGCUUUUUUUUCGCAACCAUGGGUCCAGAAUGGUGAUCCCGAGGUUUUGUUUAUCAAACGCGCUUCUCGAGUUGGAGACCGGUGGACAGGCCAUGUUGCUUUGCCCGGAGGCAAGCGAGAUCCUGAGGAUGCAGACGACCAGGCCGCCGCUGUCCGGGAAGCUUCAGAGGAGAUCGGCCUGGAUCUGACGACGGACGACUGCAUCUGUGUAGGAAAUCUACCGGAGAGAGUGGUAACAACCAGCUGGGGGAGUGUGCCGUUGAUGGUCCUCAGCACGUUUGUCUUCUUGACGACACGAAGCGACUCGCCCACAUUAAAACUGCAGCCGACGGAGGUGGCCUCGACUCACUGGGUAUCACUCAGAGCUCUUCUCUCGCCGUCACUGAGAACGGUCGAACACGUCGAUGUCUCUGCCCGUUUUGCGAAACAGGGAGGGUUCGCUAAGCGUUUUGUCUACCGCUCUACUCUUGGACUCAUGCGCUUCGCUGCUAUCCGGCUCACACCGACGGAAAGCUUACAAUGCAGUUCCAUCCCGGGGUUCGUGCCAGAGGACGAGAGCUUAUCAGACAAUCGUUCUCUGAUUCAUCGCUGGAAGACGUGGUGUUCUAAAAAACCUACUGAUCCGGGUGACCGAGGGAGUUCUCUUCUUCUCUGGGGCUUGACCCUGGGUGUCCUAACCGACUUUUUGGACAUGCUGCCCUCCUCCACCGCCGUCCAGCUGUGGACGUACCCAACUUUCACGCCGCCAGAUCUGCAUCUUAUUCUAAGCAUAAUGACCUACCAUCUGCGGAGGCGCAACGCGCUGCAAGCCAAGUCUGGCGUUCGCCCGAAUGACGCCUUGGCAGCCCUCUCUGUGAAGACGGAGACCGAGUCCGGUCAUGACCAGAACGCCGUUGGUAUCGAGGGGCUUGGGGUAGGCCGAUAUCGCGGAUCUUCCGUGAAAGCCGCUGAUGGAGAAUCAUAUGCGGUUGGUAUCCUCUUGAAAGGGUACUACGAUCGUCUCCGCCUUGCUAUAUGGGUUUUCCUUGUCUGGAGAUUGUCCGCCGGCUCGGUUGCGGCAUUUUAUGCGUGGAAAUUUCUGCAACACCGGGGGCUGACCUUCUGGAGACGGUAAAUACUUCAACAUUAGAUUGGAUAUACACAUUUAGGUAAUUAAAGAAUAAUACAUGGGCUAGUUGCAUACAAAAGCAGAAGACGAU